ACUGGCCGGCGAAGGAGGGUGCACUCUAUAUAACGCUUUGCAUGACAGACCCCGACGCCCCCAGCCGCCAGGACCCGAAAUUCCGAGAGUUUCACCACUGGCUCGUCGUCAACAUCCCCGGCAGCGACUUGGCCCGCGGGAAGGUCCUCUCAGACUACGUGGGCUCCGGACCUCCUCAGGGCACAGGUUUACAUCGGUAUGUGUUCAUUGUGUACGAGCAGCCAGGCGCCCUCCAGUGCGAUGAGCCAAUCAUCCCGAGGAACUCAGCCGAGCAUCGUCGCAGUUUCAGCAUCCGUAAAUUCGCCUCAAAGUACAAACUACGACCGGCUGCCGGCAACUUCUACCAGGCGGAGUACGACCCAAGCACCGACCUGGUCCACAAACAACUGGGGCUCCGCAAGUGAACGACCUCGUUAUAUAGUCAAACCUCGUCUACACCUUCGUAAAAAAGGAUGAAAGAAAACUGGAAUCUUCGUGAAAUAAUUCUUGAUUAUAUUACAGAUGUAAACAAAUAAAUCGCAUAAAAAUAGAAUCAUAAAAAUUAUAUUUUACGUAAAUCAGUUAAAACAAAAAUAAAACAAUAAUAAAAUAUAGGGAAUCUAAAUUUAAAACAAUGUAUCUAUAUCACAGUUGUAAAAGAUAUUUACAACCAAUUAGUAGAGGUGUCGAAGAAUAAACAAUGGCAAUAAAAUGUAGACUACCAA